AUGUCAUUUUACGGCUUCGUCCCCGGCUUUACGGCCCAGAAGCUCCAACCACCACAGUAUCACGUCUUUCAGCAUCCGGUGAUGGCCGUUCCAUCGCCGCCGGUCCUGACGAUACAGAAUCCACAACAUCAACUUGUCCAGCCCGUCGUGCCCCUUACGACGAUGAUUUUGGUCUCUCCUCCUCCCAUCUUUGCCGUGCCCGUGGCGUUGCCUCCAUCGCUGCCGUUGGCUACAGCAUCGGCUUUGCCGCCGGGAGCGCCGACGGGAGCGGUCUCGUCCUCAUCGUCGUCGGGGGAAAGAAGACUCAACAUGCGGAUUGUCUUUUACGGACACCCGGACGGUAGAUAUGCCCUCACGGACACGUCGUGGUCUCGAGACGAGCUGCCCAGCAGAGACGGACUACUGGCCGCGCUGGCGAGAUUUGCGAAACAGCACCACGGGAUUGCGAUUCGGCAUGCGGGCGGACGGAUUGAUGCUUCCAGAGUGAAGGUGUAUGUGAUGCCGCAGGGAAGUAGAGCGAGGGAAGGGGGGUUGUGCGGGUUGAGGGUCGAGAAGGGGGCGGAGGGGCUGGUGACUCCGGGGGAUGUGGUGAGGGUUUUGGGGGCGGAUGUUGAUGAGGGGGUUUGGGAGGGGGGUUUGAGGGGGGUGAUGGAGGAGGGGGGGAAUGAGGUUGUUGUUGGUGUUGAUAUGGGUGUUGCUGGGGACGGUGACGGGGAUGGGAACGGGGAUGGGGAUGGUGGUGGGGAUGGUGGUGCUUCGGCGUGA